AUGCUUACGAGCAGGCGCUUUUUGUUCCCUGGACAUCCGCUGCUGAGGGAGGAUGUGGCGUGGGUUGCGCCAAUCGAGGACUCACCAAAGCCGCCGGCGAAGAGGGUUACUUUGAGCUUGAGCGUUGUGACCCAUGCGGUUAAAAUUGCGUUUGUAACGACGGGAGAGGGCAAGCAGGAGGUGCUCAAGAAGAUUUUUGAUGAACAUCCGGAUGUCCAGGGAGGCCAGGUCCUCCCGUGCGCGCUUGUGAACAGGGCCGCUGGGGAGAAGGUUAGCUGGUUUUGCGACGAGGCUGCGGUGAAGGGCGUCGCUUUCCCGAAGAAGAGUUCGCUGUAG